AUGAAGGGGACCGCGGGCGGCGCCACGAACUCAUGUGGCUUGGGGUUGUUAUUGAGCGUGAUGACUGACAGGGGAGAGCGGCCAUCCACUGCCGACUGUCAGCUGAAGAUGGUCGAGCUACGUAGCCUAGUGGGUGACAACACUAUAAAGUUUGCGGUCCUAAUCCCUCGGGGAGACAUCUUGACCUUUUGUGGCGUUGACCGCGUGCGCAAGAAGUAUGACUGGAUCGCCAGAUGCUCACGAAUUCGAUGGCAUGCUAUUUACAACGACGUGGAUCUGGCUCUAGUAGUUCGUGACUUCAAAGAGUUUCUGACUCGCAAGGAUCCAAAAAAUGAAUUCUCCAACAUGUCUGACCAGAUUUGGUUAGAUUGUUUUCACUGGACGAAGGCGGCAUUGCUGUGGGAAUUGGAGAAAGUGCGUGAGUCCAAUCCGGAAGUAUUAAGCAAAUCUUUACAGGUCGUCGACUGCAGAAAUUUGACAAAACAUGAGCUCGAGUGCUUCCCUGACUGGCGUGCUUUUGCCUAA